AUGGGCAAGCCGCACGUCGUGCUGCUCACCAAAUGGGAUGUAGCCCGGCUGGUACAGAUCAGAAAAUGUGUCAUGGGCUUGAACUACGGUGCCGCGAGCUUCUUUAUUCUCUCCGAAGCGGGCUCCAUCGGCUGUCCGCGCAAAUCCACGAGCACCAAUGCUGAUCCACGGGUCGUAUUUGCUGUUGGGCACAUCCACAUGUUCGGGAACAGCCUGUACCUUGCCACUGUCAAUCAUUUCCAGCCAGGCAUUCAGCACAUCCUCCAGAGGAUACCAUUUCUGGCGACCGUUCUGCGUGAUGCUCAUGUCGUAGAUAGACAUUCGCAUGAUGGCUGGGUUCGUCUCCUGGUCGAACCUGUACCGUAUUACUCAGCAUUUCAUUCUUAUUCCAGAGGCCAAAAGCAUGAUACUCACACUACGCCUUCUGGGUGGGACGCUAAAUUCGUGGCCGUGUAG